AUGGUCAAGCUUUUGGCGACUCACAUACUCUUGGCUCUGGCUGCCUGCGCGUAUAGCGCACCGGCCGGGACGUCGACCAGUUCUGCAGUACAGGAGAGUCCUACUGUGCCUUAUGCAAGUGACGACGCGAACUAUCAGUUGUAUAACGACACGGCUGCGUCAACGCCCGAGCCUAUCCGAGGGAAGCUGGGCGCGAACGUUCUGGGGCCACACAAUGUGCCUGUUGCGCAGGAAAACCCGGAUUUGCUCGCACCGCCCACUACGGACCAGGGGAACGUGCCCAAUGCGAAGUGGCCCUUCGCGCUGAGCCAUAACCGGCUGCAGACCGGCGGGUGGGCGCGUCAGCAAAACGUGGAUGUGUUGCCCAUCGCAAAGGAGGUCGCUGGAGUGAACAUGCGCCUCGAAGCAGGCGCCAUACGUGAACUGCACUGGCACACAAGCGCCGAGUGGUCGUACGUGAUCAAGGGGUCGAUGCAGGUCAGCGCCAUCAACCCCGACGGACAGAACUACCUCGCUACGAUCAACGCAGGCGACUUGUGGUACUUCCCGCCGGGCAUCCCGCACUCCCUGCAAGCGACCGCGGACGACCCCGAGGGCGCUGAAUUCCUGCUGGUCUUUGAUAAUGGCACGUUCAACGAGGGCUCGACGUUCCUGCUCACGGACUGGCUCGCGCACGUCCCGAAAGAAGUGAUCGCGAAGAAUUUCCAGAUGCCCAUGUCCGCGUUCGACCACAUCCCCGAGCACGAGCUGUACAUCUUUCCGAGCGAUCCCCCGCCAGACACCCGCCAGCCCGUCGAGGAUCCCCAAGGCCAGGUCCCUGAGCCCUUCACUUAUGAGCUGUCCAAGGUCGCGCCGACGCAGCUGGAGGGCGGGACGGUGAAGAUCGUCGACUCGACGGCGUUCAAGGUAGCGAAGACGAUCGCGGUGGCGGAGGUCACCGUCGAGCCGGGUGCGAUGCGGGAGCUGCACUGGCAUCCUACGGAGCCGGAGUGGGAUUACUUCCUGGAGGGCACGGCGCGCAUCACGCUGUUCGCGGCGCAGGGAAACGCGCGGACGUUUGACUACCAGGCGGGCGACGUCGCCUACAUCCCUCCUUCGUAUGGACAUUACAUUGAAAACACCGGGAACACCACGCUGAAGCUGCUCGAGAUCCUCAAGACGGACCGCUACCAAGAUAUCAGCCUCAACCAGUGGCUCGCGCUCACCCCGCCGGAGCUGGUCAAGGCACACCUGGGCGUGUCCGACGAGACUAUUGCGGGGCUGAAGAAGGUCAAGCCGGUCAUCGUCGGUCAUUAAUGCGAAGUCCCAUCCUUUUUCACGGUACUAGUAGUCAAAUAGGGAGGUCAUUGCAUGUAGAUUCAUUAUAUACCCACAAGUGUUAUUU